AUGCUCUCAUUUCUGGCUGCCCUGUCCUUGCCCCUGGCGUUGGUUAACGCCUACGCCAACCCGGGCACCUGCAACGGCAACUGCUGGGCCCAUGAUCCUGGCCUCUGGAAACACGAUGAUGGCAGAUAUUUCCUGUUUUCCACCGGCAAUGGCAUCCAUAUCAGCUCUGCACCUUCCCUCCAAGGACCAUGGACGGAAGUGGGCUAUGCCUUGCCCGAUGGUUCGUCCAUCAACCACGACGGCAACAAGAACCUCUGGGCCCCAGAUGUGCAUAAGGGAGAUGAUGGGAAGUACUACAUGUACUAUUCCGUCUCCACCCUAGGAUCACAAAACUCCGUCAUCGGUGUUGCCAGCUCCACAACAAUGGAACCUGGCAGCUGGACCGACCAUGGUAGCACUGGUCUAAGCUCCGAUGGCUCCCAGGGGUACAACACCAUUGACGCCAAUUGGAUCAAGAUUGGAGACCAGCAAGUUCUCAACUUUGGAUCUUAUUGGCAGGGUCUGUACCAGAUCGAUCUGGCCGGCCCACUGAAGAUUGGCACCGCAGCCCCGGUCAACAUUGCCUACAAUGCAACCGGCCAACAUGCCAUUGAGGCAUCCUUCCUCUAUCAGCAAAACGGCUUUUAUUACCUAUUCUUCUCCUCUGGCAAGGCUAAUGGAUACGAUACCAGUUUCCCUGCCCAGGGAGAGGAGUACCGCAUCAAUGUUUGCCGUUCCUCGACGGGCCGAGGUGACUUUGUCGAUAAAAAUGGAGUGUCCUGCCUCCAAAGUGGGGGUACUACUGUGCUCGCAAGCCACGAUAAUGUCUACGGCCCUGGUGGACAGGGUGUCCUGGAAGAUAACGGAGCAGUCCUAUACUAUCACUAUGCGCCUCGGAAUGGAGACUUGUCCGUUUCAAGCUAUCAGUUUGGGUGGAAUCGGUUGAACUGGGUCGACGGAUGGCCCACCGUAUAG